UUGGAAAUCAUGCAAAUGUACUUGAGGCCAGAUAUGCAUUUGGUGGAGAGAUGUUCCAGCUAAAUGCUUACGCAAAAGAACUGACUGCAGAAGAAAUAAGAAGAAUGGCAGACGAUGGUAUGUGUUCUCUUAAAGAAGACGAGAAUGAGGACGUGCGAGUCUUGAAAUGGGAGGACAUGUUGAAGAAAAGUAGAACGGGGACCGUUACCGAUAUAUACCUUUCUCAUGAAUGCGUUAAGACGUUGAUUAUCAGACUAACGUUGACAGAGCGAAAGGUCAACGAGGCAGAAGGACAACUUUUAGCCACUCAGCAGACAUUAGAAGAAACCCAGCAGAUAUUACAAGAAACCCAGCAAUCAUUGGAGCAAACACUUGAGGAAAAUGAAGAAAUUGAACAGACCCUGAACCAGACACAGACAAAGCUAAACACAACGGAGUUGGAGAUUCAAGACAUCUCUUCGAACUUGACCAGGACUUCUGACAAGCUUCAAACGGCCCUGAAACAACUUGAGCAGUGCAACCAGACUAAUGAAAAGUGGGAUUGGGAUCUUUUCUUCCAGGAAAGCUACGUGAAUACGACAAUUUCCUCAGAGGUUGCUGAGCAGCUUCGCUCUAGUUGGGACGAUAUAGCUGAGAGGAUGAUUGGGUUUAAAGUUACCGAACAGUUUAUCUCCUUCUGGCAACACAUUGAUCAGUGCACAGAUCAGAGGCCUUGGUCGAUGCUACUUACUGACCGGUACCUGAACAAGGUCUUCACUAGAGAGACGGCCAACGAACUGACCACCAUGUGGGACGGAAUCAGUGACCGUCUUAUCGGGGUUACAAUGACCAAGGAGACGAUCGAACUUCUAAAAUACAUUGAAAAGAUAUAUCUGAAUAUCUUCCUUUACGCAGACGUUGAGGCUAGAUUUCGACAUCUCAUUGUGCUCAUUUAGAAUCUGAAUACUGAGUUAUAAAAACGUUAUAAAGACAACGUUUUUUGCUGUGAGCUUCCUCCGAGUUGUUCGCGAACAGGGGUCGGGAUAUCUGGAUAUAUUCAUAUGGCGAACAUUUAGGUUUUAUUUUUUAAGGCAAUGAAAAUCGAGUUUAGUAAAAAUAUAAGAUUAGUUCAAUCUGCCAACAGUUGCACUGUACGAACAAAAUAAGAUUUAUAUUGUUUGAUUUCUAAUAUUUCUCUAGAAAAAAACGGAAAUAAUUAAAAUGCAGUUCCCCUGACAAACGUAUAAUUUUCACUAAACAAGUUUGCACAAGACGAGACUGAUCGUCACAACCCA